UUGGCCCAAGCGCUUGCCAUUUGUGCCCUCUCCUUGUCCACAGGAAGUAGCAUGAACUCCCUGCAGGGCUUGAGCUCUUGGGGAAGCAAUCUCUUAGGCCAGGCGUCUGAGCAACUGGGCCCUGCUGCUGCAGCGGCAGCAGCCUCCAUCCGCUCGGGCGUGAAGGAAGUGAAGAAAUCGGUGAAGGAGAACCUGGGCAAUGUGACGGCCACUGCGGCCAGCUUCUCAGCAGAAACCCACCAGCUGCAGGGUGUCAAUGGCGCCCCUGCGCGGGAGGUGACUGAGGUGGCCUUCCUGGCGGAAGGUGCUUUCGGUGCGGUCAUGAAGGUCUCCUGCAACAGGACAGGAGAGAAGUUUGCACUGAAGAAAAUUAGCUGCAUGGAGGGUGUUCAGGUGGCCAGCAGUUUUGAAGCUGCUGAGCGAGAAGCCAAGAUUCUGAGCUCCCUGCCGGCGCAUGACAACAUCAUCCGAUGCUUCGGAUAUUCCAUCGGGGCGCCGAAGGGCUCAGGUGACGGAACCGUGAAGGUUCUUCUGGAACUUUGCCACGGACAUUUGCUUGACUUUCAGGACUCUAAAGGUGGCAAGCUGUCGCCGAAGGAGAUGAUGGAGCCAUUUGUGCAGAUUGCUGAUGCAGUGAGGCAUUUGCAUGCACAAAAGCCGCCGAUCCAGCACCGUGACCUCAAGGUGGAGAACAUCUUGAAGGGCAGUGAUGGCCACUGGAAGCUUUGCGAUUUUGGCUCUUGCAGCACCAGCUGCUUCGAAGCCGAGCUGCCACGACCGCAGCUCCAGCGGUUGCAGGAUGAGAUUGACAAGACCGUGACGCUGCUUUACAGGCCGCCAGAGAUGGCCGACGUCCAGCUGAACAGCAGAAAGGGCUACACAAUCACCCAGCAAGUUGACAUUUGGAUGCUGGGUUGCAUCCUCUACACACUUGCCUUCUAUCGACAUCCAUUUCAGGACAAUGCGACACCCAUGGCAAUUUUCAAUGCCAAGUACUUCAUUCCUGCUGACCAUCCAAUGGCAAGGAGUGCGAAAUUGUGCGCCUUAAUCCAUUGGUUGCUGGCACCAGACCCCAAGGACAGGCCACCAGCCCCUCAAGUCCUACAGGCCUGCCGAGAGAUUGGCAAGUCUGAAUAUGAGGACUUUGUCAAGGCCAUGCCAGCUCCUGUGAGGGAGAAAAUCUUGCAGCAGGAGAGAAUCUAUGGUGCCAGGAACUCAAAGGAGCCACCGAAAGAGUGGGACCUGAAGAAUCUUCCGAUGGCCACAGGAGCCAGAUCGCAACCAGAACCAGUCCGCAAGGUUGAGGCCAACGGGACGGCGCCGCAUACCAGCGCAGCACAGUUUGAUGUGAGAUUUGCGCUGGCAGAGGGUGCAGGUGCCUAUCCAGCCCAGCCUGCGAAGCCGAAGGUGGCCGGGUUGCAAGAGGACUUGCUUUCCUUAGAUGGUGGAGGGCCUCCCUCCAAUCGAGGCUUGCACCAUGCAACCUCUGCCCCUGCUGUGGAUCUAUUGGACAUGUCCACCACUCCGUCACGGGCGAAAAGCGCCCCACCGAUGGCGACAGGUGACAAUCUUUUAGCCUUCGCAGAUUUCGGCAGUAUGCCCUCGCAGGAUGUGAACGCAGGAGCGCCAAACGCAGGACUCUUCAACGAUCUUGUCAGGGAUUUUGCCGAUUUUGGCUCUGCGCCAAGUUUCGACGCUUUUGCUCCUCAGCCGCAGGCACACCAGGCUGCCUCAGCACCAAACUCUGGGUCAGCAAACUUGCUCGACCUCAUGUGAAAUGGUGUGAAAUGGGUUUAGUUCGCGACCACGUCUGUGGAAAUCAUGGACACCAUCUACUCGCUAGGCACAAGCCUUUUUGCCCAUGAGCACAUAUUCUUUUGCUUGAUGUACAAGAAGUGCAUCAACAUCACUUGUAUGGGCAAAGAGGCCUGAGAUAGCUUGAAGCUGCCGC